UUCAAUAUAAACUGCAGAAAACAAUGAGGCUCGCACUCGUUACAUUUCAGGACAAUAGUUUCCUGGUAUGUAUUCAUCCACCUGUGUUGAUUAAACUGUCCGAGUCUUUUUCUGAAGGAGCAGCAUACCCACAUUUUGGUAUUCUUCAAGUUCUGCUCUUCUGCCUCUAAGACUAUUUGAACUGAGAAAUGGAGAUGCCAUCAACUGAGACACAAAUCCCAGCAACCCCAGCAACCCCAGCAAUAAACUGUCAAAACAGUGCCUCAAAGCCUGGAAAAAAAUCAUUUUUUACAAGUGACACGAGUAUGAGGGGCAGAGAUCGUCGAGCGCUUGUUGAUGUUACAAACGAUUCCCCCAUUGCAGGCCUUGCCCUUGAUAGAGGUGAUGGCUCAGAGACCCCGGUUUCAAACAUCAAGUUCCGCCCUCCCCGCGAAUCUGUGCAGCAGACACCAGGAACAGGGGAGGCAUUGCUACGCUACCAAGUGAAAUCACUUCUUCAGAGGGUUGAUAAGCCUGCCCCAAGCCUGCGAACGUUAUCUCAUCUCAAUGGACUUCUUGCCUCACCAAACAGACUGUUGGCCCCCACACCUGCAAAUACUCCUGAUUCUGCUGUUGCAUUUGCUAGUAAUAGCUCACUUUCAAGAACAUCUGAUAGCACCAUUGCACUUUAUGUAGAUUUGGGCAUGUCUUCUCCUGGAUCUGAGUCCAAGAUAGAGUCUUCAGUCAAUGUUUCUGGCUUUACCCUUACAAAGGUUAUUGAUCCAAUCGAGUCUCCCCAAGAUACCUCACCCGAAAAACCCACAACACGAGCACUUCUAUUUGAUUCUCCGGAGAAAGAAAUUGAAGCUUCAAUCUCCUCACCAAGUUCGGUUAUCUCAUCUGAAGAUAGCCAGAAGAUGAGAAUUAUGGAAGAUGAUAAUGUCUCUGAAUGGUCUGUCCAGGUAAACAUUAGUUCACCAGGUUCGAACCAAACUGAUGAUUAUGCUCAAAUAGAGAUUGAGUUGGAGGAUCAAGUUGACUAUUCUGAAACUGUGAACAAUGAAGUUGAUGAGGAAGAUGAUGAGCAGAAAGAUGGUGAGGUCCUUGAUGACGAACAAUGUGAUGAACUUUGUCGGGGACUGAACAAGGUCUCAGUGCAUGAUAAUGGUGGAAUUCCUGCUUUCGCAGGGAAGCAUUCUCGCUUUGUAUACAACAGUGAUGAUGAACUGGAAAGCGAAGUAGUAGUUUCUGAGUUGCAGCCGUCACCAAGUAAGCUUCGUCUGAAGGGAAUGCUCACUCCCAAAGGAAAACAUAUUCGUUUCUCAGAAGAAGAUGACUCUUCGGAAAAUACAUCCAACUGAUGAUUUCUUGUUUGACAGAUUGAUAAUUUCUGAAAUUUGGUUUUGGUGUCCUCUCGACACACAUAGACUUUGUGGGGCCUCCAGCGAUUUUAGGUUGUUUUUUGUUGUCUUCUUGACAAAGAUGAUUGAUUGGAACUCGGGUUAAAGUUCGAUUUUUUUAUUCGAAUUCUUUCUUUGGCGGACACAUUUUGAACAAAUUUAUUCUGUCACGAAGUUUUUAGGACAAGUAUUAUAUAUUAUUUUGUAAUGCCAGAGAGAAUCCAUUAAUAAAAUUUAUCAUCUUGAAUA